AUAUACAUAUAUAGCUAUGAAAAGUAAGUGAAAGAGCAUCCCCUUUAAAAAUCUCUCACUAUUUCACAAGUCAUGCCGCCGAUCGCAAAAGAGAUAUGUAUAGGAAAUUUAGGCAAUCUCCAAACACUCCCCGACUCAUUCACAUGGGAGCUCACCUCCGCGGACUCUGUUAUUCCUCCCUCCUCCGCUGCAGUGAAAGAGUCCAUUCCGGUUAUCGACCUAUCCGAUCCUGAUCACGUCACCACUAAUCUGAUAGGAAAUGCGUGCCAUACGUGGGGAGCGUUUCAGAUAGCCAACCACGGGAUUUCUCAGAAGCUCCUCGACGAAAUUGAGUCUCUCUCGAAAACCCUUUUUGAUAUGCCGUCAGAGAAAAAGCUCGAGACUGCUUCCUCUGAGAAAGGAGUUAGUGGCUACGGAGAACCUCGAAUCUCUUCUUUCUUUGAGAAGAAGAUGUGGUCUGAAGGGUUCACUAUUGCCGAUGGCUCUUACCGCAACCAUUUCAUUACUCUUUGGCCUCAUGAUCACAUCAACAACUGCAGAAUAAUCGAAGAGUACAAGGACGAAAUGGAAAAAUUAGCGAAUAGACUUAUGUCUAGCAUAUUGGGCUCACUUGGUGUGACCGUGGACGACAUAGAGUGGGGUCAGAAACCAGGGAACUCUGGAUCAAAAGUGGGGCGAGGCGCCAUACGGCUAAACCAUUACCCGGUGUGUCCUGAACCAGAACGAGCCAUGGGUCUAGCGGCUCAUACAGACACCACAAUCCUAACCAUUCUGCACCAGAGCAACACGGGAGGGCUACAAGUGUUCAGGGAAGAGUCCGGUUGGGUUAACGUUGAGCCGAGUCCUGGUAUUCUGGUGGUGAACAUUGGCGAUCUCUUUCACAUCUUAUCGAAUGGGAAAAUCCCAAGCGUGGUUCACCGAGCCAAAGUUAACCAUACUCGGUCAAGGAUUUCAAUAGCGUAUUUAUGGUGUGGUCCAGCUGGUGAUGAUGUUGAAAUCAAACCUAUACCUAAGAUCAUCGGUCCGGUUGGACAAUCUCUAUACCGAUCAGUUACUUGGAAGGAAUAUCUUCAAAUAAAAUACAAGGUUUUCGACAAGGCGUUCGACGCAAUUAGGACUCGUUAAUCCCACCAAUUAAAAUCAAAGUUGUAGUGGUUGUUAAUUAAAUUAUGCGAAAACAGAGUUGCAUCAUUGUAUGAUUUGUCGAAA